CCGGUUUGUUAGAUGAUAACAAAGACGAUGAACAGAUCUCAGCUCUUUUCUCUAGUUGGGCAUGUGAAAAGGUUGAAGAUGUCUAACUGCACGCUGAACAUCACCGUGGGAGUCCAGAACUUCCAGCUCGCUGCACUGAUUCCCACCUUCAUCCUCGGCGUCCCGGGAAACAUUUACGUCUUAGUGACGUUCUGCCGCCAUCCCAUAACCGACUGGACCUACAUGAACAUCUACAUCGCCAACAUGGCGAUCGCCGACUGCGUCGUGCUCGUGCUUCUGCCCGUCCGCAUCGCGUCCUACAUCUGGGAAAGUUCGCGACUCUGGGACCAAACCAACAAAGAGCUGUGUUACGUCCUCGUGUCGGUUUAUUACGUCAACAUGUACGUGAGCAUCUUCACGGUCACCGCGAUAAGCGUCGUGCGCUACGUGGCCAUCAAGUAUCCGUUAAAAGCCCGGGAAAUUUUGUGUCGCAGAAACGCGCUGGCGGUUUGCGCGCUCAUUUGGCUGGUCACGUGCUCAUUCAGCGCUGCGUUCCAUCGCGUGGACGAACCGGUAAAAAAUACCACGAUUAAGUGCUUUCAGAAAAACAAAGGAGAGGAAUUACCGUUGGCCUUCAUUCUGGUUCUUAACAUCAUUGGGUUCCUCGUGCCGUUCCUCAUCAUGCUCUUCUGCUCCGUUACAGUCAUUUUCAAAUUAAGGAAACGGUUGGAAAUCGGAUCUCGUUCUGAGAAGAUUCAGUGUAUGUUUAUCAUCGCGGCUAAUCUGAUUGUUUUCGUCGUAUGUUUCUUUCCCAUCCACUUCGGCUUUUUCUUCAAGUACGUCACGCAGGCGUACAAGCACUCGUGCAGUGCGCAGUUUUUCGCACAUAAUUUCGUUCACGGCGCGAUGUGCGUGUCCAGCAUGAACUGCGCGCUCGACUGCUUCAGUUAUUAUUUUGCCACCAGAACAUCAUGGAAACGGCGCAGCUCGAAACAAAGUACAAAUGAAGAAUACCAGUGUAAUUAUAACAGGGUCACACAAUGA